AUGUUAGGGCCUGAGGAACACACGUCCAUGUUAGGGCCUGAGGAACACACGUCCAUGUUAGGGCCUGAGGAACACACGUCAAUGUUAGGGCCUGAGGAACACACGUCCAUAUUAGGGCCUGAGGAACACGCGUCCAUGUUAGGGCCUGAGGAACACACAUCCAUGUUAGGGACUGAGGAACACACGUCCACGUUAGGGCCUGAGGAACACACGUCUAUGUUAGGGCCUGAGGAACACGCGUCCAUGUUAGGGCCUGAGGAACACACGUCCAUGUUAGGGCCUGAGGAACACACGUCCAUGUUAGGGCCUGAGAACACACACACAUCCAUGUUAGGGCCUGAGGAACACACAUCCAUGUUAGGGCCUGAGGAACACACAUCCAUGUUAGGGCCUGAGGAACACACAUCCAUGUUAGGGCCUGAGGAACACACACACGUCCAUGUUAGGGCCUGAGGAACACAUGUCCAUGUUAGGGCCUGAGGAACACAAGUCCAUGUAGGGCGUGAGGGAACGACGCUCAUGAUUAGGGCAUGAGGAACCACACCACACGUCCUGUUAGGGCCUCUGAGGAAACACACGUCCACUGUUAAGGGCCUGAGGGAACCACACGUCAUGUUAGGGCCUGAGGAACACACGUCAUGUUAGGCAUGAGAACACACGUUCAUGUUAGGGCAUGAGGAACCACGCGUCCAUGUUAGGGCCGGCCAGGAACACAACACACGCAGGUUAGGGCCUUAGGAACACACGUCCCAGGACUGGGCUGAGGAACAAACGUCCAUGUUAGGGCUGAGGAACACCACGUCAUGUUAGGGCCUGAGGACAAACGUCCCAUGUUAGGGCCUGCCCUGAGAAAACACACGUCCAUGUUAGGGCCUGAGGAACACACACCAUCCAUGUUAGGUUCUCUGAGGAACAACACGUCCAUGUUAGGGCCUUGAGGAAACAACACGUCCAUGUUAGCGGCCUGAACGGAACCACAAGUCCAAUGUUUGUUAGGGCCUGAGGAAACACACUCAAUGUUAGGGCCCCCUGAGGAAACCACACGUCCAUAUUAGGGCCUGAGAAACCACGCGUUCCCAUUGUUAGGCCUGAGGAACCACCACAUCAUGUUUAGGGACUGAGGUAAACACACGUCCACGUUGAGGGCAUGAGGAACACACGCUAUGUUAGGGCCUGUGAGAACACAGCGUCCAUGUAGGGCCUGAGGGAAACACGGUCCAUGUUAGGCCUGAGGAACACACGUCCAUGUUAGGGCCUGAGGAACACACACACAUCCAUGUUAGGGCCUGAGGAACACACAUCCAUGUUAGGGCCUGAGGAACACACGUCCAUGUUAGGGCCUGAGGAACAGCCGGUCCAUGUUAGGGCCUGAGGAACAACAUCCAUGUUCGGGCCUGAGAACACACAUCCAUGGGUAGGGGCCUUGAGGAAAACACACAUCCAUGUUAGGGCCGAGGAACACACAAUCCAUGUUAGGGCCUGAGGAACACACCACACGUUCCAUGUUAGGGCCUGAGGAACAAAUGUCCAUGUUAGGGCCGUGAGGAAAAACACGUCCUGUUAGGGCGUGAGGAAACACGAGUCAUGUUAGGGCAUGAGGAACAACACACACGUCCAUGUUAGGGCCUGAGGAACACAAAGUCUUUGUUAGGCCGGAGGAAAACAAACGUCCAUGUUAGGGCCUGAGGAACACACGUCUCCAGGUUGGGCCUGAGGAACCACGUUCAUGGUUAGGGCCCGAGGAACACGCGUCCAUGUUAGGGGGCGGAGGAACACACACACGUCCAUGUUUAGGGCUGAGGAACACCGUCCAUUUAGGGCCAGAGGCGGAGGAACACACGUCCAUGUUAGGGCCUGAGGAACACACGUCCAUGUUAGGGCCUGAGGAACACACGUCCAUGUUAGGGCUACUGAGGGAACACACGUCCUGUUAGGGCCUGAGGACACACGUCCAUUUAGGGCCUGAGGGAACACACGUCCAUGUUAGGGCCACUGAGGAACACACGUUCCAUGUUAGGGCCUGAGGAAACACACGUCAAUUGUUCGGGCCUGAGGAACAAACAUCCUGUUAGGGCAUGGGAACACCCGUCCAUGUUAGAACUUGAGGAACACACCAAACAUCCAUGUUAGGGGAAUGAGGAACAACGUCCAUGUUGGCCCCUGAGGAACACACGACAUGUUAGGGCCUGAGGAACCACACGUUCCAUUGUUCGGGAACUGAGGAACACACGUCAAUGUUAGGGCCUGAGGAAACACGUCAUGUAGGGCCUUGAGGAACAUUGCGCGUCCAAUGUUAAUUAGGGCCUGAGGAACACGCGUCAAGUUAGGGCCUGAGGAACACGCGUUCCGUUGGGCCUGAGGAACACACGUCCAUGUUUAGGGCCUUGAGGAAACACGACGUUCCAUGUUAUGGGCCUAGGAACAACGUCCAUGUGAGGGCCUGAGGAAACACACGUCCAUGUUAGGGCCUGAGGAACCACACACACAUCCAUGUUAGGGCAUGAGAACACACAUCCCAUGUUAGGGCCUGAGGAACACACGUUCCUCCAUGUAGGGCCUGAGGAACACGGUCCAUGUAGGGCCUUGAGAAACCACACGUCCAUGUUCGGCCGCGGAACACACAUCCAUUGUAGGGCGCUGAGGAAAACCCAUCAUGUUUAGGGGCCUGAGGAACACACGUCCAUGUUUUAGAGCUGAGAACACGGUUCCAUGUUAGGGCCUGAGGAACACGCCGGCCAUUCAGGGCCUGGGAACACACGUCCAUGUUAGGGCCCUGGAACACACGUUACAUGUUAGGGCCUGAGGAAACACCCGUCCAUGUUAGGGCGCUGAGGAACACACCACACAUCCAUGGUCGGGCCUGAGGAACACACGGUCCAUGUUAGGGCCUGAGGAACAACACAACAAAUCCAUGUUAGGGUCUGAGGAACACCGUCCAUGGUAGGCCUGAGAGGAACAACGUCCAUGUAGGGGCUGAGGAACACACGUCCAGGUUAGGGCCUCUGAGAAAACACACGUCCAUGUAGGGCCUGAGGGGAACAACGUCCAUGUUAGGGCCCUGAGGAAACACGGUCCCAUGUUAGGGUCUGCGGAAACACGCGUCCAUGUUAGGGCCUGAGGAACACGCGUCCAUGUUAGGGGCUAAGGAAAAACACCCCGUACAUGUUGGGACUGAGGAAACACACGUCCAUGUUAGGGCAUGAGGAAACCACAAUUCCAUGUUACGGGCCUGAGAGUAACACCACAUCCAUUUUAGGGCUGAGGAGGAACACACAUCCAAGUUAG